CGUCCGUCUCCUCCCCCCCCAACCUCUCCUCCGCCGCGGAGACCCCAAACCCUAGCUCCAAAUCGCGACCAUUCCCGCGAGAUUUCUCCCUCUAGGGAUACUCCUCGCGUUCUAAUCCAGCUCGAAUUUGCCAAGUUUGUUUUUUUUGGAUGCGAGUGUGGCUUGGCAGGGUGGUGAUGCCAUGAUGCACAUGCUGGUGGCCCCCGAUGUAGGCGGCGGAGGGGAGAUGCAGCCGUACGGCGGCGGCGCGGCGGCGCCGCUGGAGCAGGAGCUGGAGCUCCACCGCGGCAACGCUGACGACGGCCUCGAAGGCCACGUGCGGUGCUUGAGAUGUGGUAUAUCCGGCAAUGCAACGCCCCAUAUGCGCCGUGGCCCUGAUGGCCCAAGAACUCUUUGUAAUGCGUGCGGCAUUGCGUACAGAAAGGGGAAAAUGAGAAGAAUGAUAGAAGCUGAACCACCUAUAGAUGAAGCUUCACUUGCUAAGCUGGUUCCUGAUGUAGGCAUGGAAUUUGAGAGUGAGGAAAAGGCCUAUGAAUUCUACAACAAAUAUGCUGGACAUGUUGGUUUUAGUGUUCGGAAAAGUACAUCACAUAAAUCUUCUGAAAACAUUACCAAAGUAAGGACUUUUGUUUGCUCAAGGGAAGGUUACAACAGGGACAAAAAAUCAUUGGAAGCAAAGAAGCCAAGGUUGGAUACAAGAAUCGGUUGCCCAGCACGGUUGAUUAUUAAAGUCACACCAGAGUGUAAAUACAGAGUCACUGACUUCAAAGCAGACCACAACCAUCAGCUGGCCCCUCCUUCGACGAUGCAUAUGUUAAGGUCACAGAGGAUAUUGACAGAACUUCAGUCUGGCGAAGCAGAGCUGUCAGAUGAUUCUGUCGUGACGCCCACAACAAAAGCAACCGGUGACCUUGUUGUGAGACAAAUUGGUUUCCUUCGAAGUAUUUCUCUCCUCCCAGCAGAUUAUAAGAAUUAUCUCCGCUCAAAGCGUAUGAAGGCUAUGCAAGUCGGUGAUGGUGGCGCCAUAUUGAAAUAUUUGCAGACGAUGCAAAUGGAAAAUCCCUCUUUCUUUUACACCAUGCAGAUUGAUGAAGAUGACAAGCUAACCAACUUCUUUUGGGCAGACCCAAAAUCUAGAGAAGACUUCAAUCACUUUGGUGAUGUCCUCUGUCUAGACACAACAUACAAAAUAAAUGGAUAUGGCAGGCCAUUGUCAUUAUUCCUUGGAGUGAAUCAUCACAAACAAACAAUUAUUUUUGGUGCAGCUAUGCUUUAUGAUGAAUCAUUUGAGUCAUAUAGGUGGCUAUUUGAAAGUUUUAAGAUAGCUAUGCAUGGAAAACAACCAGCCGUAGCUUUAGUAGAUCAAUCUAUUCCACUUACUAGUGCAAUGGCAGCAGCAUGGCCAAAUACUACUCAGAGAACUUGUGCUUGGCAUGUAUAUCAGAACUCUCUUAAGCACCUUAAUCAUGUUUUCCAAGGUUCAAAAACAUUUGCAAAGGAUUUUAGCAGAUGUGUCUUUGGCUAUGAGGAAGAGGAAGAAUUUGUGUUUGCCUGGAGAAGCAUGCUAGAAAAGUAUGAUCUUAGGCAUAAUGAGUGGCUGUCUAAAUUGUUUGAGGAGAGGGAAAGAUGGGCUUUGGCAUAUGAAAGACAUAUAUUUUGUGCUGACAUAAUAAGUGCACUUCAAGCUGAAAGCUUCAGUAGUGUUCUGAAGAAGUUCUUGAGCCCUCAACUGGAUUUAUUGUCCUUCUUCAAGCAUUAUGAAAGAGCAGUUGAUGAGCACCGCUAUGCUGAGCUCCAAGCUGACUUCCAAGCUAGUCAAAGUUAUCCAAGAAUACCCCCAGCCAAGAUGUUAAAGCAGGCUGCCCAUACAUAUACCCCAGUGGUGUUUGAGAUCUUUCGUAAAGAGUUUGAGCUGUUCAUGGACUCUGUGUUGUUCAAUUGUGGGGAAGCUGGGACAACUUCUGAGUACAAAGUAGCUCCCUCUGAAAAAACUAAGGAACAUUUUGUUAGAUUUGACUCAAGUGACUGCUCCUGUAUCUGCACUUGUAGGAAGUUUGAGUUUAUGGGUAUUCCAUGUUGUCACAUGUUGAAGGUACUCGAUUACAGAAAUAUCAAAGAAUUACCUCAGAGAUAUCUGUUGAAGCGAUGGAGAAGGACUGCCAAGUCUACAAAUGAAGAAAACCAAGUGUAUGCAGCAAAUGGGAAUGGGUCAUCGUUAAAUUCCAUUGUACCUCCUGCAAAUCACCAUGGGCUCCAAGGCUUCAGUGCAAUGAUUCAGGACACUCCUGCUAAUAUGCAUGAAAAUUCGUUUCAUAGAAGCUCUUGAUGCAGGUGACUUGAAUUCAAAGAUUAUUCCUUCUGCACGGUGCCAGCUCCACGAUACUGGCGCUGAAGCAGUGAACAGGCCACUGCAGAGCUCCCGUGAAUAAGACGCCCAACUUGUAAAUUAUGCAGCUGUAGGAAAUCUCAGCUAUUGAGGCACCCCAUCAUUAGCAUAGGCUCUUAGACUAGAUGCUGGUGUGAAAUCAUGUGAUUGUGCUGCACCCAGGGAAAUUUUGUGCAUUAUGUAAACAGUCUUAUUUAUCCUAGCCCAUUUAUAAAAGAUCAAAGAAAUGUGAUCAGAUGUCAAUGCAGAGACUGCUAGUAUUUUAUGUAGUGCCUCUGAAACUUUUUGCAGGGCAAGUAGACCCCCUCAUGAUCAUCCAUCCUAGGAUGGUUUCAGUUAGGCCUUGGUUAAUUCCUACUACAUUCAUUUCACCUGCAGGUGAGCUGGACAGCUCAUGUAAUAAAGCUUUGGAAGCAAGACAAACCAGCUUGGAUGUGUGGAUCUCAGCAGGAGAGCUAAGCUGCCUUUGACGCUACAGUGGACAGCUGUGCUUUCAAGCCUGGCUCUGGGUGCAUUUGUGUCCCAUACGCACAGUUGCAUAAUGCGUGCAAAUGUUGUUCAUGUCCUCUCAAUGAAUCGUAUAUCUUGGGAGCUUCGAUAAUGCUGCUACCCAUGUGUGUCCUUGAAAACUUUCGAUGUGCUUUCGUGGUCU